GGUGGCGGGUAGCCUGGUAUGCUCCAGUAACACCUGGAUCUCCCAGAUGGGGUUGGAGAGAUGAAAGGGUGCUAGUGAGAAAUCAGGUUAGAGAAUGGAGGAGCAAGGGCGUGGGAAGGACUUUGACUUUUUGAGAGAAAUGGAGAUCCAGUGGAGGGUCUGUGCAGAGACUUGGGCCUACCUGCUCCAUUGAGAAUAGUCUGCAUAGGUGAGAGUAGAAUAGGUGAGAGCCUCCUGUCAGGAGGCUCUUGCAAUAAUGGAGAGAGGAUGGUGGUUGGACUAGGUAAUAGCACUGGCAGGGGUAGAGAGGUGGCAGGAUCCAGGAUGUAGAAAGUCAGUGGCAUCUCCCAAUCAAUUGGAUAUGGGGUGGGAUGACCCGAGGUUGUCUUUGCACUUAGAGUGACUGUCAGCUACAAUGGAGAUGGCUGUGGGGAAAGCAAAGCAGAGAGAUGAAUAGUUUUGUGUUGGAUCAAGUUUCAACUCCCCCAUUAGCCUUCUAAGCAAAGAUGUGGACUUGGCAGUUGAGUUCAUGAGCUUACAGGGCCCAGGGGAGAAUUCUGGGUUGUAGAAGUGUAGUUUUCUUUUCUUUUUUUUAUUACAAGUAGUAAAAAGAUAAAGCUGUUCACACAUUGUGCAAUUUACAUAUAUAGAAUUACCUUUUUGAAAAGUAUAGUCAUAGAGUUGUACACCUGCAGGUGGGUUUUAAAGUUAUGCUAUUGACUGAGGUGACUGAUUAAAAGAGCAGUCUGAGGACUGAGCUGGGGGCCCUGCAGCGUUGAGAGGUCAGGGAGAUGGGGAAGGAGCAAGGCAUUGACAGAGAGAGAGCAUGCUCCUGAGACUUGGAGUGCUCAGGAGGCUAGUGAGACGAGGACUGGAAACGAAGCACUGGGUUUGGCGGUGUGGAACUGACCUGGAAGACGGCUGCUCCUGUGGCAGUGCAGAGAAUGGAUGUAGAACUGGAGACCGCCAGCAGUCUGUCAGGGAGUUUGGCUGCAAAGAGGAGCAGAGCUGCUUCAGAGACAGCUCCCAGCAUGGCAGACAGAGGAGGCCAGGGUGCUCUGCCCUGACUUAACCUCAGGAAGUCCUUUCUGCUGCCUAACUGGAGCUCUUGGCUCUGCUGCAGGCCUGCUCCCAGCACCUUCUGCUCGGUUCUAGUGUGGCUGAUCGGCCACUAGGGGUCGCUCUGACGGGCAUGUGCGUUCCUGUAGGAUCGCUAUGAGUCAAUUGACUCCAUGGAGUUGAGUUUGUUUCUUCUUUUUUUUAAGUGUGUGUGCUUUGAGAUGUGACUCAGUUAGAGGAGGAGGAUGCUGGCCAAGUCUUGUCAGGAUUGGCUUUCAUUUGGGGUCCUCUACUAUUCCUGAGCCUGGGUAAUGGGAGCCUCCUGCAGUUCAGGGGUGGAGAAGUAGGCGUUGUUAGGGCCCAGACAUCAAAGUAGGGUUGAAAAGGGAAGAUUAAAGAAACCUAACCUGUUGAGCAGUGACUAAGGCCUGGGAGGAGGGAGAACAGCUUAGGGAAGCUGGGAAAUGAGAGACUGGGAAGUCUGGGCUUGGAGGACAGACAAGGGUUGGUUUGAGCCUAAGAAAAGCGGUCCUCUAUGAAAUCUGUUUUUCUUGGACUUGUCCUCUCAGAGAAGAGUUGGGAGGUCUCUGCUUUGGGACAUGAGUGACCUAUGCCCUUGUAUGUGAGCGCAACUCUGAUUCCCCUGGGCUGAGCAGUCCUUAGGGAGUCUGGUUUUUGAGGGGUUUCCCCCACCCCCUUUCCUUCCAGAAAAGACACUGGAGAUUUCCCUCUGUUCCACAACUUUCCCGAGAGCCUUAGAAAUCUUUGUGAAGGCUCUGGCAGUUAGGGCACGACUCAGAGUGGAAAGUUAUUAUCAGAAAGCCGGGCCCUUGACUUCAUCUGAGCCACAGCAUGGACCUGGGGAAUGCAAGGAGGCGGGUGGGUGGAUGUGACUCAUGGGGGAAAGCAGGAGGCUUAGUUUUCUAAUGACGUCCUCACCCAAAUGUGUCCCUUUGUCCAGGAGCACCUGGGGGCACACCUGACCUGAGGAUCCGCCUGCUGUGGGGGCUGCAAUCCCUGGGCCAACCCGUGAAGCUCCGCUCAGAUGCUUUGAAUGGGAAUUCAUAGGUUCUGCCCUGUCCUUGGCCUUGAGACCUAGCUUAUGCCCACCACCACUUCGAGCUGAUCUACCUGGCAUCCACCGCACAGAUCUCCUGAUGAGAGGGCACAGCUCUCUCCUUGCCAUGCUGUACACCGUGGGUGUGCCCCACUUACGGGUGCGGAGAGGCAUCCUGGGUAGGGACCCCUUUAUGACCAGGACACUCUGCAGCCCAGGCUCCAACCAGCCUAGACAAAAGAGACCCCAGGAGCUGGCCCUUGGGCUCUACCACCGCCUUACAGCACUGGGAGCAGCCCUGGGGCACAGCCUUCAGCAGCGGGUGUCCUCCACCGCCAAGACCUGGUGGGACAGAUACGAAGAGUUUGUCGGACUCAAUGAGGUUCGAGAGGCCCAGGGAAACGUGACUGAGGCAGAGAAGGUGUUCAUGGUGGCCCGUGGACUUGUCCGGGAGGCCCAGGGGGACUUGGAAGUUCAGCAGACCAAACUGAAGGAAGUGCGGGACCGCUUGGACCGCGUCUCCAGGGAGGACAACCAGUAUCUGGAACUGGCGACUCUGGAGCACAGGAUGUUGCAGGAAGAGAAGAGGCUUCGUAUGGCCUACCAGCGUGCGGAAGAGUCUGAGCGAGAGAGGUUCUCCCUCUUCUCGGCCGCCGUGCGGGAGAGUCACGAGAAGGAGCGCGCACGGGCCGAGAGGACCAAGAACUGGUCCCUCGUUGGGUCGGUCCUGGGGGCCCUGAUUGGCGUGGCCGGCUCCACCUACGUGAACCGCAUUCGGCUACAGGAGCUGAAGGCCCUGCUCCUGGAGGCCCAGAAGGGGCCUGUGAGCCUCCAGGAGGCCAUCCGAGAGCAGGCCUCCAGCUAUUCCCUCCAGCAGAGGGACCUCUAUGACCUCAUGGUGGACCUGAGGAGCCUGGUGCAUGCUGGGCCAGGGCAGGGCCCUGGGUCCCAGACAGGUACUUCCCCCACCCGAGCCAAAGACACAGAUGUCCUUUCAGCUGCCUUGAAGGAGCAGCUCAGCCAUUCCAGACAGGUCCGUUCAUGUCUCGAGGGUUUACGAGAGCAGCUCGACGGCCUGGAAAAGACUUUCAGCCAAAUGGCUGGGGGGGCUCCGCUCGCUAAGGCCGCAGCACACCCAGGCUUGGCUGAGCAGGCAGGCCAGGCGCCGCCCAGCGCCCUGCUGGAGCAGGGGAGCAAGCUCACGGCGCUGUCGGACACGGAGCAGCGGCUCGGAGCCCAGGUGAACAGGAACACCGUCUGCAGCACGCUGGUCACCUGCGUGACAUUUGUGGCCACGCUGCCUGUGCUCUACAUGCUCUUCAGGGCCAGCUAGCCACCCCCGGCCCUCCUCCAGGGGGCAUAGCCAGAUGAUGCCAGCAGGGGGAGGGGUUGGGGGUGCACCCAACCUCUGCUUGAGCCCGAGCGCCACUGCUGUGCCUUUGCUUUUUAGGCACUGCUUAUUGACAUCCUUCUUCAAGACCUGUAUUCAUGACAAAGUCAUUUUUGUUUGUAUUACUUAAAGCAACUUAAAUCAGA